AUGUUUGAGUCCACAUCCAUUACUGCAGCUUCUGGAAAAUUGAAGAAGCAAUGCACAAGCAGGAAAAAAGGGGGCUUAGAAUCUGCAGCAGUCAUGCUGAAAUUAGGGAAAGCUGUUGUGGCAGAUGCAUUAAAAACAGUAGUGAACAAGAACAACAUGAAAAAGAUGAAUGGUGAGGCAUAA